AUGGCUAGCAAUGGCCGUUCGGGAUGUGUUUUCGAGCUACCUGGUGAACCUAUCAUGGAGGCAUCCACCACUAGUCCCUCGACUACUGGUGUGAGUGGUAUCAAUUUGAAUGAUGCCGGUCGAGUUGAUAUCGACUGGGACUCAAAGGUUGUACGAAGUCUUUCGAAGCUCUACACUGGCCCUUUCUCGAGAUCUCCUACACCGCCACCUGAAUACUCUGAACUACCGACGCAAGAUGUCGAGUCUACGACCGUUAGACCCGAUCGCAUGUCGGGACACUUCGGGCCAAGCCGGCAACCUGCAAAACGUUGGGUCCCCAAAUUGAACAUUGCGAUCCAAGUAGUGGGAAGUCGGGGUGACGUUCAACCUUUCAUUGCCCUCGGAACUGAACUUAAGCGAUAUGGUCAUCGCGUGCGUCUAGCCACACAUGAUAUGUUUGAAAGUUUCGUCAGGGAAUCGGGGUUGGAGUUUUACCCAAUUGGAGGCGAUCCAAGAGAGCUAAUGGCAUACAUGGUCAAGACCCCGGGGCUCAUCCCAAGCAUGGAGAGUUUUCGAGCAGGCGAGAUUCGUCGCAAGCGCAUCAUGAUACGGGAAAUGCUGGAUGGGUGUUGGGAAUCAUGUAUCAAGCCGGAUUUGGUAACAGGCCACCCAUUCGUGGCGGACGCUAUCAUUGCCAACCCACCGAGCUUUGCACAUGUUCACUGUGCUCAAGCUCUCAGCGUCCCGGUACAUCUGAUGUUCACCAUGCCUUGGAGCAGUACCAAGUCUUUUCCACAUCCCCUGGCCAACUUCAAGGCCGACGGUCCAGACCAGGGGUUCAAAAAUUAUGCCUCGUACGAUCUUGUCAACUGGCUUACAUGGCAAGGGGUUGGGGAUGUAGUCAAUCGAUGGCGGAAAGAGCUUGAUCUAGACGAAGUGGCCAUGUUUGAAGGUCCUCAUCUUCCUGAAAUACUGAAAGUCCCCUUCACAUAUUGUUGGUCUCCGGCUCUUGUACCCAAACCGUUGGAUUGGCAGUCUUAUAUUGACGUCUGCGGCUUCUUCUUCCGUGACGUCCCAACAUACGACCCUCCAACGGAUCUUCAGGUCUUCCUAUCGUCUGGUCCACCGCCGAUAUAUAUUGGCUUUGGAAGUAUUGUGCUUGAAGAUCCGAUCAGGAUCAAUGCAGCCAUUCUUGAUGCGGUUAAUGCUGCUGGUGUGAGGGUUAUCAUUUCUAAGGGUUGGUCGAAUUUGUGCGGAAACCAAAGCGAGAACGUAUAUUUUAUCGGAGAUUGCCCUCAUGAGUGGCUGUUCCAACACGUGGCGGCGGUGGUCCAUCAUGGAGGCGCUGGCACAACGGCUUGUGGCUUGCGGAAUGCAAGACCUACAAUUAUUGUCCCGUUCUUCGGAGAUCAACCGUUCUGGGGUGCUAUGGUGGCUGCAGCGGGCGCUGGUCCUGUCCCCAUCCCUCACCAAGAGCUAAAUGCUGAUAUCUUAGCUGAAGGAAUUCGAUAUUGCUUCACGGACCAAGCGAUCACUGCAGCCUCUGCAAUUGCGGUCAAAAUGGCUUCUGAAACAGGAGUCCAAGCAGCCGUCUCUUCCUUCCAUUCACAUCUUCCAUUAGAGCGCCUCUCCUGUGAUAUAUGUCCAGGGGUACCAGCAGUGUGGUCUUAUUCCACACGCGAUAUCAACGUAAAACUGUCAAAGGUCGCGGCAGCAACGCUAGUCGCACAAAAUUUGAUUAAUCCAAAACGACUAAAAUUACAUGCAAUCAAGCCCUUUGUGAUCGAGAAUCGUCGAUGGGACCCUAUCACAGGCGGAGCUUCUGCCGUUAUGGGAACCACGACAGAACUCCUUGAUUCCGUCUUGGGGUUGUUCUACAAACCCUUUGAGGAAUAUAAAGACUACCAAGUAAGCCACAGGGAUCGGCCCUUGACGAGUGCCUCGAGUCAAGCUGUACAUCGGCCUAUAAGCAGCUCUACCGGAAACCGCUCCCUACAGACACAAGAGGGAGCUGACGAUACAAAAAGUAUGGUUUCCAUGGAAGAUACACCGUCAGCCUCUGAAUAUAAUAGUGCUAGGCUUGCAGGGAGGAUGGUCGGAGCUUCAGUGAAAAGUCUUGCCAAAUUUGUGCCGACUGCGCUGAAAGGCAUGACUGUCGACAUCCCACUCGCCAUGACGGAGGGAAUGCGCAACGUCCCUCGAUUAUAUGGCGAAAAGCCACAGCACGACGGUUCCGUUACUGGCAUCAAAAGCGGAUUCGCUCUUGGCGGCACAGGUUUCGCUCUGGGGAUGGUGGAGGCAGUGAGCGAUUUGGUCAUGAAGCCGUAUGAAGGCAUCCGAAAGGAUGGUGCAAAGGGCGCUGUGACGGGCAUUGGCAAGGGCGUGGCAAAUAUGACGACUAAAGCGGGCUGCGCUAUGUUCGGUGUUGUGGUAUACCCUGGUGUUGGUAUUGCGAAGAGCCUAAAAUCGGCUGUCUACUUCAGGACAAAAACGAGCAUAGUCAAGGCACGUCGCGCCGAGGGCGCAUGGUUGUCGGAGCAUUGUACACAUGCGGACGUUGAUAGCUACGCUAUCAGCUACCAAAGGAUGCUAAAGGGCAAGAACAGCUGA